AUGUAUGCAAAAUGUGGAUACAUAGACUCUUGUGGACAAGUCUUUGAUAGAACAAAAUAUAAAGACUUGGUUUCAUGGACAUCAAUAAUGAUGGGUUAUGUACAUCACGGGCGUGCUGAUAAAGCCAUAGCUCUUUUCCGCCUGAUGCAAAGAGAAAAAGUAACUGCCGACUCUGUCACUUUUUUGAGCCUGCUUCAGGGAUUUUCUCAGCUGGGAUGUUUAAGUCUAGCAAAGGAAGUUCAUUGUCGGAUAUAUCGGGUUUCAUUGGAGCUAGAGAUGCCAGUCAUCAAUUCUCUAAUUACUACUUAUGGAAAAUGUGGAAAACUAAACAUUGCUAGUGCUCUGUUUGAGCACAUGAGUGAACGGUGUUUGACAUCAUGGAACACAAUGAUUGCUGCAUAUGGGAUGCACGGAAAAUGCGUUGAAGCACUUAAAUUGUUUGACCGAAUGAAGGAGGAAAAGGUUGCUCCGGAUGAGGUAACCUUCACUUCGUUGAUCUCUGCAUGCAGUCAUUCAGGCUUGGUAGAACAGGGCCUAAAUAUUUUCAGGUCCAUGAAAGAAGAAUAUUUUUUAAUUCCAAUUGAAGAGCAUUAUGGGUGUAUGGUAGAUUUAUUAAGCCGAGCAGGACAGAUUGAAGAAGGGUAUGAUCUUCUGAAUUGUUUGCCAUUAAGACAAAGAACUUCUGCAUUGGGUGCUUUGCUUGCCGCUUGCAGAGUUCAUAAGAACACUCAAAUGGGUGAGGUUAUAGGAAGGCAACUUCUGAAUUUAGAGCCUGAUAACCCAACUGCUUAUGGUUUGCUGUCAAAUUUAUACACUGAAGUGGGCAAAUGGAAUGAUGCUGCCAGCAUAAGAACUAUGUCAAAGGACAGAGGUUUAAAAAAGACUCCUGGAUAUAGCCUGAUAGAAAUAGAUAAGCAGUUCGAUUGGCUGAAAUCAUCAGCUCGCCCCGAAGUUCGUAAUCCCAAGCAUGCUUUGCAGAUGGAAUUAAAGGGCAAUUGA